CCACGAUGGAGUGGUUGUCCGAGUUUCACACCCACUUGUGGAAAAGGGCAGCGGAAGAAUUGAACAAAAAUAUCAAAUUCAUAAACGAAAGCGAUGACCCCAGAAUCGGCUCUGGCCGCGAUGGCGCAUCCGGCGGCACUCUCUCCCAUUCCUCCGGCGACAAUAAGGACUCAGCGUCAUUGAGCGCCCUCGGUAGCACCUUUGUGCCCGUCCUCGUCUAUGCGGCCAUUUGUCUGCUCAUCUUCUUCACGUUUCGGCGGAUUAGUACAAGGACGUAUGCGCCUAGGACUAUUGCACAGUUGCGCGAACCAGAGCAUCCAGCUCAGACGCUGCCAAAUGGGUGGAUCGACUGGGUUAAGCCAUUUUGGAAGAUUGACGACGAUUAUAUCCUAAACAAUUGCUCAUUGGAUGGGUACUUGUUCCUUAGGUUUUUGAAGAUCUUGUCGGUCAUUUGCUUUGCUGGCUUGGCUAUCUCGUGGCCGAUCUUGCUGCCGAUCAAUGCGACCGGAGGGAAUCUGCAGAGGCAGUUGGAUAAGUUGACGAUGGGCAAUAUCAAGCUGCCGAGCAAGUACUACGCACAUGUGGUUGUCGCUUGGUUGUUUUUUGGUUUUGUUUUGUUUAUGGUCUGCCGAGAAUGCAUCUAUUACAUCAACCUACGCCAGGCAUACCUGCUCUCACCCAACAUGAGCAACCGAUUAUCAGCUAGGACGGUGCUAUUUACGUGUAUCCCGAAGCCGUAUCUGGACGAGGCGAAGCUACGAAAGCUGUUUGGCGACUCAGUGAAGAACAUUUGGAUCCCCAAGAACACCAACUAUCUCCGCGGCCUAGUGGAGGACAGAGACGACGUGGCGGAACGCCUGGAAAAGGCGGAAAUCGAACUCAUCAAAAAGGCAAACACGGUUAGGAUGAAGAACAUCAGGGAAGGAAAGGGCGCGCCACCGUUCGCAGGCGAACCUGCUACCGACGACCCCCAAUCAUCAAAGACAUCAUCCUUCUCCUUGCACCAAUCGAACGAAUCGGCCCAAGAUGGCGACCUAGAGAAAGGGACCAAACCCAAUCCAGUUCGAAUCCGCGAACGACGAACCGAAGCGCCUCCCAUCCCUGUUGACGAAACCGAAACCCCAGGCCUACCCGGUGAAGACCCCGGCGCCCCCAAAAAGUCCCAAGCCGAUGACCUCGGUCCCGAGUACCAACAUCCUUAUGGCUACCCUGCUUCCCUCCCGGACGUCCGCGGCUCCGUAGCUGCCCUUUUUGUCCGCGCCAACGACCGCCCGCACCACAGACCUCUGCACAACUUCGGCCGGCGUGUUGACACCAUCCGCUGGACACGUGCCCGUUUGAAGGUCCUCAACCGCGACAUCUGGAAACUCCGCCGCAAGUUCCGCGCAGGAGACGGCCAUCCCCUUUCCUCCGCCUUUGUCGAAUUCGAUUCCCAAGCCUCCGCCGAAGCCGCCUACCAGAUUUUGUCCCAUCACCAACCGAUGCACAUGUCUCCGCGCUACAUCGGCGUCCGACCCGAACAAGUCAUCUGGUCUUCACUCAGGAUCCGCUGGUGGGAACAGAUCAUGCGGCAGUUCCUUAUGCUCGCCCUCGUCGUGGUCGCCAUCAUCUUCUGGUCCAUCCCCUCCGCCGCCGUCGGUAUCAUCAGCAACAUCGACUUUUUGUCUGAAAAAGUCCCCUUUCUGUUUUGGAUCCCCUUGCUUCCCAAGGUCAUUCUGGGCGUCAUCAAGGGCUUAUUACCCGCUGUGGCGUUGAGUAUGUUGAUGGCUAUUGUCCCCGCCGGACUGAGAGUCUGCGCCAGGGUCGCCGGGUGUCCGUCCCACGCGCUGGUCGAAUUGUAUUGCCAGAGCGCCUACUUUGCGUUUCAGGUGAUUCAGGUGUUUCUUGUAACGACGAUUACAAGCGCGGCAUCGGCGGCAAUUAUAGAUGUCAUUAAGCAGCCAAUGUCAGCGCCGAAUUUGUUGGCGCAGAACUUGCCCAAGGCGAGCAACUUUUACUUGUCGUAUAUCUUGGUGCAGUGUCUGGGUGCGGGCGCAGGCAAGUUGGCGAAUAUGAGUGAUCUUUUGCGGCAUUAUGUGGCGACCAGUUUCAUGGUUGAUCCGAGGAAGGCAUAUCACAGGUGGAGGAAGUUGACGCCAAUUCAUUGGGGGGCGGUGUAUCCGCGGUUCACCAACAUGGGGGUUAUUGCCCUGGCGUAUUCGUGCAUCAGCCCGUUGAUCCUGGUGUUUGCUGGGUUUGGGAUGUUGUUCGUCAGCCUGGUUUACCGGUAUAAUCUCAUCUACAUCCAUGACGACUCGGAGCUGGACACGAAAGGACUGCUCUACCCCCGCGCGCUUCUCCAUCUCAUGGUCGGACUUUACAUCGCCGAGAUCUGUCUCAUCGGGUUGUUUGCGCUCAAAAAAGCCUUUGGCCCUAUGCUCCUCAUGAUCCUCUUCUUCGGCUUCUGCGCCAUCACGCACUACUCCCUCAGCUCAGCUCUCUCCCCUCUCCUCGCCAGCUUACCUCAAACCCUCGCCCUAGAAAAACAGCACGGCCAAAUCGCCGAAGACGGCGACGGCGACGACCACGACAUCAACCCUGUAUCCCAACCCACCCCCUCCGACCCUACAUCCGCGCAGGGCGGCGGCGGUCUAGCAGCCGACUACUACAACGACACCUCCAUGUCAACCCCAGGGGCAGACAUCCCCGCCGAAGUCAUCGGCGGUUCCGCAGCCGACUACUACGCCUCUAACUCCUUCGACUACUCUGACCCCUCCACCGACGACCCCGAGCCUCCCGGUCUCUACGACGACGACUUCGACUCCGACGGUCCCCAAAGCCAGCGCAUGCGCGGCCUAGAAGGAUCCUCCUCCAUCCGGCAUUCCAUCACCGAAUUCGCCAAAACAACCCUAAAAUCCCAACUAACGAACCUCAAAGCCUCCGCAAACGGCACGGGCCCCCCAGGCCGACUAUCACCAUUCACCCGCUUCCUGUAUCGCAUCCACCGCUUCCUUACUCCCGAUCCCACCAUCCGAAACCCGAACUUGAUUCAACGAUGGCUGCACCCUUCUGUGUAUGCGGAUUUCCGGACUCUCGCCAAGAAAGUGGGCAAUGGACCAGGUCCAGAUGGCUGGGAGUUGCCGAAGGGGUACGAGAAUAAGAGGGGGUAUUACCCGCCUGAGAUGUGGAAGCCGGCGCCGCGGUUGUGGAUACCCCGCGACAAUGGGAGGGUGAGUAGGCAGGAGGUGAGGCAUAAUAGGGAUGCGGGGGUUUGGUGUACGGAUGUGGGGUGUUGGUUGGAUGAUGGGGUUGGGGAGGCGCCGUGGGAGGAUGGCAAGGAUAAGAGGGAAAGUACCUCUAGUGAGGAUUCUGAGAAGGGAGUGGAAGGCGAGAGUGUGAAGGGGGCGGAGGCAGAGCCGGAGUCGAAAGAGGGAAAGGCGAUGGAUUUGGAGGAUAGGAAGAAAGUCAACAAAAAGGGGAUAUGGAAGGGGGUAGGAAAGGAGGCAAAGAAGGCCACGGGGAGAGUCAAGCCGGGGCGGGUGAGGGUAAGGUUUAAUGUGGAGGAGGGCCCGAUGGGCGAGGAGAGGUGGCUGUUCUGAUCAUUUGAUGACAUGGAAUACCACUAUGCGAUUAAUGACUUGCAAUAAUGGGAAGGCGGUUUGAUCCUGGAUACCUCUACUACAUAUACCAGCUAUUCAUACCUCAUGAGCUUGGUAAAGGGCGUUAUACUGUUAGCGAUGAGUACCUCUACAUAGGGAUGUUAAUCCGUAAAUAAUGUGAACUUUUUCCUGUGAUC